GGCUCUCUCAGCCUCUUACUGCCAUGUCCGUCUAUCCUGUUCUUCCUUCCAGGCCCCUAUUGCCUCACAUCCAAAUGGUCUGCCGGAAGUGCAGCGCACAUCUUGAAUUUCCUGUCCCUACCCCUCAGCCACGACCAGGAAUCCUUCUACAGAUCCGAUGUUUUUCAUGUCAAACGAUACUAUCCUAUGUAUUCUACCCCACUCAAGCAGCCCUGAAUACCCCGCCAUCAACCACUAACUCUAGACCCUCAUCUACCCAACCUUCCGCUAGGAAAGGCAGAAAAAUUGGAACCCAGGAACGCCCGUUAGAAACCGGAUAUUAUGAUACAUUGGGUGUCGCGGUGACUGCUACGACGGAUGAUAUCAAGAAAGCUUAUCGACGUCUUGCUAUCAAGCAUCAUCCCGACAAGAACCCAGAUGAUCCUAAUGCCGAGGAGCGUUUUAAACAAAUUGCUAUUGCCUAUCAAACCCUUUCUGACGAUCAAUUGCGGAAAAAGUACAACGAGUUCGGUCCGAAGGAGAGUGCUCCAGAGGGAGGCUACGUCGACCCAGAAGAGGUGUUCGGCGCUAUAUUUGGCGGUGAUCGCUUCACCCCGAUUAUUGGCCAAAUCAGUCUGGCCAGAGAUAUGAAGACCGCGUUGCAGGAAGCAGAAGAAGCGGAAGGAAAUGAAUUAAAGGACUCCAAAGGGAGGCCAAUAUUGAGUGAGGAAGAAAAGGCGAAGAAGGAAGCGAGGGAUAAAAAGAAGGCUUCAGAGAAAGCAGCACAGAGAGCGGAACGGGUCCAGAAGUUGGUCGAAAACCUGGAGCGCAAGUUGGCCAUCUUCACAGAAUCUGCUACUGGCCCCAAUGACACCGAUGUCACGCGAAGCUGGCGGACAAUCUGCCAACUCGAGGCCGAAGAGCUCAAAGGAGAAUCCUACGGCGUCGAGCUUCUUCAAGCUAUCGGAUUUGUUUAUGCGUCCAAGGCAAAACAUCAUUUGGCAACCAAUCAAACUUUUCUUGGCGUCGGUGGAUGGCUGCAUAAUGUUCAAGGAAAAUACCAUGUAUUCAGCGAGACUGUAUCUACGCUUCGCUCCGCGAUAGAGCUCAAGACCGUCUUCGACCAAAUACAAGCCGCCGAAAAGGCGGGAAAUUUAAGCGUGGAAGAGAAGCGGAAGCUGGAGGAACAGGCCGCGGAGAAAGGGCUGCAGGCUCUGUUCAAGGGCACGAAACUCGAAAUUGAGUCGGUCCUUCGGGAAACAUGUGAUCGCGUCUUGGAAGAUCCCAACAUCUCACAGGACAAGGCGCAAAUGCGUGCCGUUGCGAUGCAGAUCCUCGGAGAGGUGUAUAUGUCGGUGAGGAAGGAGAAUGGACAAGGUCAGCUGGACGAGGGUGAGUACGUAAGGGUCGAUACAAAAAGCAGUCGAGCCAGAGAAGGACGAUGAGUCGGAUGACAGACGAUGUUGCAUCUCGUAUUCCAUGCAUACAAUCAUUGUAAUUCUAGUCACGUCAGGCCCCAGGUAGUGUAUAGUGUAUAGUAGCAUUCAGGUAUCGUAGAUUCAAUAUAUCUUGUUGCGCACAGCUAAA